UAUCGCAACCUAGCGAAAGUUUUAUCAACUACAAUAAUUUCUAACCACAAAAAAAUAAAUCAAACGUAUUCAAGAAUAUUUUUAUUCUAAUAAUUUAUUGUUUAUUAAUAAUUUAGUUAUAGUAAUACUAAUAAUCAUCUAUAAUUUAUUAUUCACCAUGGCAAAUCCUAGUCAUUCAGAUAUGACUGAAGAAGACGCUACUAAUCUUCAAUUUCCAAAAGAAUUCAAAAAGCGUAAAUUAAUAAAGCAAGAGCCAGAUACUGAGCUCGAAGUCUCAGUUGUAAGUGAGGAAAUUUUCACUUCAGACCCAGUUUGUUGCGUAUGUAAAUCGAUCCUUUGUGAGCCUUAUAUUAAAUGUAGUAUAUGUAAAAAUAUUACCAUUUGUCCGUUGUGUUUUUCAAAUGGUCGUGAAAUAGAUGAACACAAAAACUAUCAUGACUAUGUUAUCAUUAAAAAUGAAUUUCCUCUAACAGAGGAUUCUAGUUGGACAGCAAAAGAAGAAUUGAAAUUACUUGAUGUAUUACAAGAAUGUGGCUUUGGUAAUUGGGUUGAUAUUGCUAAAAGAAUGCCAGGUAAAACUUCCGAGAACUGUGAAUCGCAUUAUUUAAAUUAUUAUAUAAAUGAACAACGUUUGCCAGGAUUACCAGUUAUAAAAGAAUCUGAAGCUAGUCUGUUUGGUCAUGAAACAAUUCCAUACAUGUUUAAACUCCAAGAUUUAGAAGAGCCACCAAGAUUUGCUCCUAACACUCUCAAUAGUCGACUAUUAGCAGGCUACAAUGCAGCACGAUCGGAUUUUGAGGUUAAUUUUGAUAAUUAUGCCGAGCUUUUGAUAUCAAAUUUGAAAUAUGAUGAAUUUGAUGAAAGUCAUGAACAUUAUGAUCUUGGAAGGAACUUACAGUUCGCAAUAGUACAAGGUUAUAAUUCUAGACUGAAAGAACGAAUGAGAAGAAGAAGAAUUAUUCGUGAACAUGGAUUGAUAUCAUUCAGAAAAGUAAUAUCAUGGUUACAAAGAUAUGAUGCAACUAUAACACGACCUGUUGCUGAAAAAUUUUUGAUGUUUAUGCAACUUGUUGAUGGAUUGGAUUUUGAUUAUAUCAUGGAGUCACUUCAUUACGCUGGAGAACUCAGAAAUCGAAUUAAAAAGUUGAUAGAAUUUCGAAAGAAUGGUUUGAAAUAUUUUCAUAGUAUUUCAAUAUAUCAAAAACUUUUAAAAAUAAAACAAGAAAAUGAUAAAGACAGACGAAUAUAUAUGAAUAAUAUUGAAUGUAGUUGGAAAAAUUUAAUACCAGGUCAUUUAUCAAAUUCUCAAAUACAAACUAUAUCUACAGUUAAUCAAAGGAAACCACCUCCUCCGUUGGAAAUUUUAGGAUUACCUGGUCAUGAUAAACUUACUGACAUUGAAAAAGAAUUGUGUUCAGUAGCUAGAAUAGUACCGACGAAUUAUUUAGAAUUUAAAAAUAUUUUAAUAACGGAAAAUAAAAAAUCAGGCUCUCUGAGAUUGGCUCAAGCGCGAGUUCUUCUUAAAAUUGAUGUAAAUAAAACUAGGAAAAUUUAUGACUUUCUAGUACAACAAGGAUAUAUAAAUAAACCAGCUUAAUAAUCAUUUUUAGUAUUAAACUGAAUCAUUUUAUUCAGGAUAAAGAAAUUAGAAUAAAAAUACUAGAAUUCGAAAAUGCUGAAACAUUAUUGAUAUCAGAAGUGCAUAUGCUUUUGGAGCACAGAAAAGCACAAAAUGAAUCAGCCGAAGAAGAGCAAGAAUUUUCAGAAGUAUUCAUGAAAAGUUUAAAUUACACUGAUCGUUUU